ACUAAAGAGUGUUGUAACUUUAUAAUGAUAUCCCUGUCGCUUAUAAAUACACAUAAGUGGUCUUCCUAUGAUUAAAAGGACCUAAUAAGGUGCGCUCUCAGGUAGUGUGCCAUUUCAUUAGAAUGGGUAAGUCUACCUGUUGCUCUAAAGAUUCAGGGCUCAACCGCGGUGCUUGGACUGCCCAAGAGGAUUCCGUUUUGAGUGAUUAUAUCUCCAUCCAUGGUGAAGGUCAAUGGGGAUCUCUCCCAAGAAAAGCAGGUCUGAAACGGUGCGGGAAGAGUUGUAGAUUACGUUGGUUGAACUAUCUGCGUCCUAAUAUUAAGCGGGGAAAUAUCUCUUUGGAUGAAAAGGAUCUCAUUAUUAGACUCCAUGGAUUGCUUGGCAACAGAUGGUCUCUGAUUGCAGGACGACUGCCUGGGCGGACAGACAACGAAAUAAAGAACUACUGGAAUACUCAUAUCAGCAAAAGUAAACAGCUAUCAGAGAAGAGAGCUGUUUACAAACCCCAUAAAAGAUCGAAAGUGGGUUCUCAAGAUGGUCAUUCUGUACCGACGAGUACUCCUCUGAAAGCAACUGCUGUGAGAAUAACGAAGGGGCGAAACAGUGGUAACUCUGAUAAUCAAGAAAUGAAAUCAAUGGGCGUUGGACAAAGUAUGAUGAAGAGUUCCAAGUCAUUGUGUGAAUUACUGGUCGACAAUCUCAUCAUGGAGGACACCUCUGCUUCAGAAGAAUUAGAUGGAAAUGAAGGAAGUAUGUCAGAGACGUUACAGUAUUUGAUGAAGCUGGGUUCUGCUGAUGGUGAUCUCAAUUUCUCUCCAUUUGAUUACCCGAGAGAUAUGAGAAUGGAGGAUAUUGUGAGUAAUGGGGAUGAAGAUAAGUGCUUUAUGAACCCAACAAUGGGUGAAAUCAACAGUGACACAGAGCAUCUGGGUGACUGGGUAAUUGACUUACAAUGUAUGAACAGGGAAAGCAUGCCAUCGUUCACCUCGCUACUUUUGGAAUGCGAGCCGGACUGGGAAAGAGAAGAAGCAGGAAUAUCGCUCUAGGAGAUUUUAGGAUCUCAGUCUAACCAUGACUACUCAAAUGAGUAUUGUAUUAAGUUAUUAACCCUUCUCCAGGAUCGUACGCGGUCCUUUUCAUACUUGGCAUUGUAUAAUUUAUCCCUCUGACUAGGUUCAGGCUGGUUGUCACUAUCCCCUUUCAUGGCUGUCUAAGGGCUCUUUUGAACAGCUGGGUCACUGACUGCAAUAAAAAAAUUGAAUGUGACUGUUUCUGACAUUGGAAAAAAAUUAGGCCUCACGUACCAUGGAUCAUUUUAAUAAAUUGAUUUGAAAUUAAUAUUAAGUCAUAUUUAUCAUUU